AGCAGAACCUGUCUCCUCAGCCUGAAGCCCAAUCAGACCGGACCGCUCAUCACCACCAAGCUCAUCACACCCUCUGUCCUACCCAGUGUCCCUCAGUCUCUCCCGGACUCACAUCAUGGAAAUCCCCAUCCAGUAUCCCUGGUAUCGCCGGGCCCUCAGCCCUCGGGUGUCUGACGUAGCCUCAACAGACCUGUUCUUGGACUGGCCGCUCAUCUGGCCCUUCUCUUGGUCCCUCCCCUGGACACGCUCCUUCCUACGCUGGUUCAAUUGGCCUGAGAAUGGACACACUGAGAUGCAUGUGGAAAAGGACCGGUACAUCAUUUACGUGGAUGUGAAGCAUUUCUCACCAGAGGAGCUGUCUGUCAACAUCAGCGACGACUGCAUCAUAAUACACGGCAAACACGAUGAGAGACAGGACAACCAUGGCUUUGUGUCGAGGGAGUUUGUGAGGAAGUACAAGCUUCCUGCGGGCGUGACGGCCGAAGAGGUCAUGUCCAGUCUGUCAUGUGAUGGCGUGCUGACAGUCACCGCGCCUCGGCCAGUCGGCAGCACAGAGCGCAGCAUCCCUAUUGCCUGUGACGACGGCACAGCAAAACAGAAAAAGUAGAGUGAAACGUGACCCCCUGACCGCUGACCCUGUUUCACUUCUAACCCAAAGUGUUUCCAGUCUUUAUUUUCGGCCUGUGUUGUGCUGACAGUUGACGAGGCGUAUGGGCUGACCUGUCUGCCUAGAUGUCUUUAGAUCAGAGUUCCCCCUGAUAAACCAACGUCUAACCCCUAACUCACAAUCAUUGUGAUAACUCUGUGAGACAACGGUGCCUUUACAACCAGAGACUAACCUGUUAAGCUCACAUAACACCAUCAAUCUCUCUGAAAGCACACUAAGGCUGUUACCGACUGCACUGUAGUAAGGUGAAGCCUCAUCUGACACACUGAGAGUUAACGUGCUUGCAGAGCCCCUGUAAAAAA